AUGCCGCCGCUAUUCAAGGGACUGAAACAGAUGGCAAAGCCAAUUGCCUAUGUUUCAAGAUUUUCGGCGAAACGACCAAUUCAUAUAAUACUUUUUUCUCUAAUCAUAUCCGCAUUCGCUUAUCUAUCCGUCAUUCAGUAUUACUUCAAUGGUUGGCAACUAGAUUCAAAUAGUGUUUUUGAAACUGCUCCAAAUAAAGACUCCAACACUCUAUUUCAAGAAUGUUCCCAUUACUACAGAGAUUCCUCUCUAGAUGGUUGGGUAUCAAUCACCGCGCAUGAAGCUAGUGAGUUACCAGCCCCACACCAUUACUAUCUAUUAAACCUGAACUUCAAUAGUCCUAAUGAAACUGACUCCAUUCCAGAACUAGCUAACACGGUUUUUGAGAAAGAUAAUACAAAAUAUAUUCUGCAAGAAGAUCUCAGUGUUUCCAAAGAAAUUUCUUCUACUGAUGGAACGAAAUGGAGGUUAAGAAGUGACAGAAAAAGUCUUUUCGACGUAAAGACGUUAGCAUAUUCUCUCUACGAUGUAUUUUCAGAAAAUGUAACCCAAGCAGACCCGUUUGACGUCCUUAUUAUGGUUACUGCCUACCUAAUGAUGUUCUACACCAUAUUCGGCCUCUUCAAUGACAUGAGGAAGACCGGGUCAAAUUUUUGGUUGAGCGCCUCUACAGUGGUCAAUUCUGCAUCAUCACUUUUCUUAGCAUUGUAUGUCACCCAAUGUAUUCUAGGCAAAGAAGUUUCCGCAUUAACUCUUUUUGAAGGUUUGCCUUUCAUUGUAGUUGUUGUUGGUUUCAAGCACAAAAUCAAGAUUGCCCAGUAUGCCCUGGAGAAAUUUGAAAGAGUCGGUUUAUCUAAAAGGAUUACUACCGAUGAAAUCGUUUUUGAAUCCGUGAGCGAAGAGGGUGGUCGUUUGAUUCAAGACCAUUUGCUUUGUAUUUUUGCCUUUAUCGGAUGCUCUAUGUAUGCUCACCAAUUGAAGACUUUGACAAACUUCUGCAUAUUAUCAGCAUUUAUCCUAAUUUUUGAAUUGAUUUUAACUCCUACAUUUUAUUCUGCUAUCUUAGCGCUUAGACUGGAAAUGAAUGUUAUCCACAGAUCUACUAUUAUCAAGCAAACAUUAGAAGAAGACGGUGUUGUUCCAUCUACAGCAAGAAUCAUUUCUAAAGCAGAAAAGAAAUCCGUAUCUUCUUUCUUAAAUCUCAGUGUGGUUGUCAUUAUCAUGAAACUCUCUGUCAUACUGUUGUUUGUCUUCAUCAACUUUUAUAACUUUGGUGCAAAUUGGGUCAAUGAUGCCUUCAAUUCAUUGUACUUCGAUAAGGAACGUGUUUCUCUACCAGAUUUUAUUACCUCGAAUGCCUCUGAAAACUUUAAAGAGCAAGCUAUUGUUAGUGUCACCCCAUUAUUAUAUUACAAACCCAUUAAGUCCUACCAACGCAUUGAGGAUAUGGUUCUUCUAUUGCUUCGUAAUGUCAGUGUUGCCAUUCGUGAUAGGUUCGUCAGUAAAUUAGUUCUUUCCGCCUUAGUAUGCAGUGCUGUCAUCAAUGUGUAUUUAUUGAAUGCUGCUAGAAUUCAUACCAGUUAUACUGCAGACCAAUUGGUGAAAACUGAAGUCACCAAGAAGUCUUUUACUGCUCCUGUACAAAAGGCUUCUACACCAGUUUUAACCAAUAAAACAGUCAUUUCUGGAUCGAAAGUCAAAAGUUUAUCAUCUGCGCAAUCGAGCUCAUCAGGACCUUCAUCAUCUAGUGAGGAAGAUGAUUCCCGCGAUAUUGAAAGCUUGGAUAAGAAAAUACGUCCUUUAGAAGAAUUAGAAGCAUUAUUAAGUAGUGGAAAUACAAAACAAUUGAAGAACAAAGAGGUCGCUGCCUUGGUUAUUCACGGUAAGUUACCUUUGUACGCUUUGGAGAAAAAAUUAGGUGAUACUACGAGAGCGGUUGCGGUACGUAGGAAGGCUCUUUCAAUUUUGGCAGAAGCUCCUGUAUUAGCAUCUGAUCGUUUACCAUAUAAAAAUUAUGACUACGACCGCGUAUUUGGCGCUUGUUGUGAAAAUGUUAUAGGUUACAUGCCUUUGCCCGUUGGUGUUAUAGGCCCCUUGGUUAUCGAUGGUACAUCUUAUCAUAUACCAAUGGCAACUACAGAGGGUUGUUUGGUAGCUUCUGCCAUGCGUGGCUGUAAGGCAAUCAAUGCUGGCGGUGGUGCAACAACUGUUUUAACUAAGGAUGGUAUGACAAGAGGCCCAGUAGUCCGUUUCCCAACUUUGAAAAGAUCUGGUGCCUGUAAGAUAUGGUUAGACUCAGAAGAGGGACAAAACGCAAUUAAAAAAGCUUUUAACUCUACAUCAAGAUUUGCACGUCUGCAACAUAUUCAAACUUGUCUAGCAGGAGAUUUACUCUUCAUGAGAUUUAGAACAACUACUGGUGACGCAAUGGGUAUGAAUAUGAUUUCUAAAGGUGUCGAAUACUCAUUAAAGCAAAUGGUAGAAGAGUAUGGCUGGGAAGAUAUGGAGGUUGUCUCCGUUUCUGGUAACUACUGUACCGACAAAAAACCAGCUGCCAUCAACUGGAUCGAAGGUCGUGGUAAGAGUGUCGUCGCAGAAGCUACUAUUCCUGGUGAUGUUGUCAGAAAAGUGUUAAAAAGUGAUGUUUCCGCAUUGGUUGAGUUGAACAUUGCUAAGAAUUUGGUUGGAUCUGCAAUGGCUGGGUCUGUUGGUGGAUUUAACGCACAUGCAGCUAAUUUAGUGACAGCUGUUUUCUUGGCAUUAGGACAAGAUCCUGCACAAAAUGUUGAAAGUUCCAACUGUAUAACAUUGAUGAAAGAAGUGGACGGUGAUUUGAGAAUUUCCGUAUCCAUGCCAUCCAUCGAAGUAGGUACCAUCGGUGGUGGUACUGUUCUAGAACCACAAGGUGCCAUGUUGGACUUAUUAGGUGUAAGAGGCCCGCAUGCUACCGCUCCUGGUACCAACGCACGUCAAUUAGCAAGAAUAGUUGCCUGUGCCGUCUUGGCAGGUGAAUUAUCCUUAUGUGCUGCCCUAGCAGCCGGCCAUUUGGUUCAAAGUCAUAUGACCCACAACAGGAAACCUGCUGAACCAACAAAACCUAACAAUUUGGACGCCACUGAUAUAAAUCGUUUGAAAGAUGGGUCCGUCACCUGCAUUAAAUCCUAA